CGCCAUCUGCUUUCUCGUUCUUCUCCAAUCUCCGUGUUGUUGUUCCCGGUGACGCGGCGGAGGUGUAGCCUGACGCGGGCUCUUACGUGUCGGCCAGAAUAAAAGUGGAGCUCCGGAGACCCGGGAGUGACGAAAGGGUGUCUGUAUCGCUUCGCCAAUGAAGAUGGAACCAGCAGCCGAGGCUCAGCAGGCGGCAGACACUGCUGUGACUGAGAGCCAGCAGAUCACCCAGGCACAGAUCGCCACUUUAGCACAGGUAUCCAUGGCAGCAGGACACGCCUCAGCAACGGGUCCCACCGUAACACUGGUGCAGCUUCCCAACGGACAGACGGUCCAGGUCCACGGAGUCAUUCAGGCCGCACAGCCGUCUGUUAUCCAGUCCCCGCAGGUCCAGGCCGUGCAGAUCUCCACCAUAGCUGAAAGUGAAGACUCUCAGGAGUCAGUCGACAGCGUGACGGACUCCCAGAAGCGCAGAGAGAUUCUAUCGCGGCGUCCAUCAUACAGGAAAAUCCUGAACGACCUUUCGUCCGACGCGCCAGCAGUCCCUCGGAUCGAGGAGGAAAAGGCUGAAGAGGACUCGUCUGCUGCCGCAGCUACGCCCGCCAUCACCACCGUUACCGUGCCGACACCCAUCUACCAGACCAGCAGCGGACAGUACAUUGCGAUCACGCAGGGCGGAGCCAUUCAGUUGGCCAAUAACGGCACAGAUGGAGUUCAGGGCCUUCAGACUCUGACCAUGACCAACGCUGCUGCAGCAGCCGCCCAGCCGGGAACCACCAUCCUGCAGUACGCACAGACCAGCGACGGCCAGCAGAUACUGGUUCCCAGUAACCAGGUGGUGGUCCAAGCCACCUCAGGGGAUGUUCAGGCCUAUCAAAUCCGAGCAGCUCCAGCCAACACCAUCACCUCUGGUGUUGUCAUGGCGUCCUCUCCCGCCCUCCCGACACAAGGAGCCACAGAAGAAGUCACCAGAAAACGGGAAGUCCGACUCAUGAAGAACAGAGAGGCAGCCCGGGAAUGUCGCAGGAAGAAGAAGGAGUAUGUUAAAUGUCUGGAGAACAGAGUCGCCGUCCUGGAGAACCAAAACAAGACGCUAAUCGAAGAACUGAAAGCACUUAAGGAUCUUUACUGUCAUAAAUCCGAGUAGCUCGUGUCCUGAGCACAGAGCCGGGCCAAGUAGUUUUCUGGUUUCUGUCAAAUGCUUUGACUGUUUGAUUCUGGCCUUCCAAUCUGCUCAUGGCUGGCCUGUUAUUUUUUAUUUAUUUUUCUUUGCUAUUUUUUUUACCCAAUAAGGUCCGCCCCUAUGACUUUCUCUUCAACAGUACAAUAAAUUUUGAUAACAUAAAGUAGUGUGCUGUCAUCGGGAUCAGUAGGGAAAGCAUGAGAAAAGUGCCAUCUAAGACGAGGCACUCUAAACUGAUAGCCAGAAUCCUGUCGAACAUUAUUUAAUUUGGUGCUUGAUGCUGCUGAGAUCAGCAUGACGUCAUAGUUUCAAGCCACCGCCCCGCAUUCGUUUGUGCGUCAUUGUAUUUGCGCGCUUCGUUGUGAUUCUUCUCUGUCGUGUUGAAAAAGGUGCCUGAGUCAAACGAUGCCAUGGGAAUGCAAGCUGUAGAUUUGUUUUCGACACUGGCGUUUGAUUCCUAUGUUUUGCCGUUGUUCGGGGGGUUGGAUUCAGAUCAUGUCUUCUAAAUGUUUCUGAGCUGCUCAUCAUCGCUUGGCUUCACCGGACUCGAGGAAAGUUUGUGUUUACUGUGCAAGCAAUAAUGUCUUUUGAAGUUUAUCGCCGUUUAUCCCUAUGUUCAGUUUCCAACAUUGUUAGAAACUCCUCCAAGACGCCGCCUUUUUAUUCAGCUGGAAAAUAUAUUUAUGAUUUAUGUAAUUUUUUUUAUUUGUUUAUCAACAUUUUACGAUGUAUGAAACAGUUCCAGUAUAAAAUGUUUUACUAGUUAGGGUGUAUCUAAGCUGGGACUCUUGGUGAAUCUAACCAUGAUGAGAAUUAUGCCUUACAGAUCACUCUCCAACUAACUGGGGAAAACUAAUUGAGAUUUGCUACCAAUACCCAAUACUGUAGGACAGGUGUGGUGUAACAAAACAAGUGUCUGUUCUGUUGUGUAUUGUAUAUAUUUAUUAACCUUGCUACCUGUAAUUACUAGGAAUAUGCCAGUCAAGGUUUUUUGCCUGCAAAACUGAUCUGAGUCAUUUAAAUACAGGCAUUUGGCAAUAUUUACACAGCGUUUGAUACUUAAUAAAAAAUUGGUGCCAUGUGCAGUAAAAUAAAUCACUGCAUUUCAUAAGAAUUACAUCGUCAACAUCAUUGACUGAGGAGCAUUUAACUCACAAUUGAUGUUCAUUUUGAUAGAUUUUCUUUUUCUUUCUUUUUUUUUUUUUUUGCCAACUGGAGAAACUAACCAGCCUCAAUUUGGUCCUCCAACCAGUUAGCUAGGUUUGGAAAGCUAAUACAAUGUUUUAAAACUGCACCAACUUUAUCAUUUGUUUAUAAACGUAUGUCUUCAUAAACAGCCUCAUAAGCCCACACAUUUCUUCUGCUGACAGUGUUUGCUAAUGCUAGCAUUUUCUAUUUACACGUGACUUGCUGAAUCUGGCGGUAAAGGAUAUCAGUCUAGUUCCAAAUAAUCGGGUGCGGACAAAAUGUUGUGCUGUUCUUUGAGCGUCAUAACAUUUAGUGAGUAAUGUUUCAGCUGCUCUCUGCGCGCCUCUCCCAGGACGGCUUUACUCCCUUUUCAGCUUUCAUGUCGUACGCUGUGGUGGCAGUGCUGGUUAGAACAUUUAAAAACGGUACAGAAAACACAGGCAUCCUGAGUUUAGUCAUGAGAUAGAAGGUGUUAGAUUAACAAUCAUUUGGGAACUCAUAUAAAAAGAACAAUAUUUUUGUUCAAUUUUCUAUUUUUCGCAUGAAAAAUAGAAAAGUGAACAAUAGUCCAUUUGGACUGCUCAUUGGUAAUUGGCACCCAAACAAGUUUUCUGGGGGAAAUUUAGUGAUCUUAUGGUUGAAGUGGCUGUUUCUUCAUGUUAACCUCUUAUGUUACUUGUUACAUCUCCAGGUGAAACGAUGCCUUUUAAUGCGGAACAGCACAACCUAGAACGGUUUCAAAAAAAUAGGUUUGCAAAUUUGAGAUCUAUAACCUGUUGUCAUUUCAGAUAACUGUACAAAAUUAUUUUAUGAAUUCCUUUUUAUUUCUCCAUUUCGUACUAUUUUGACUUUUUUUUAUUUUAGUCUAAUAGUCAUGUAAAUGUAGUAAAUUGGUGUGUUAUUUUAUUUUGUAGCAAAUUGAAUCUAGAAAUGCAAUCUGUUACAAUUUCUUGAAAAUAACACAAGUUGUAUAUUGCAUCCUGUUGGAAUGAGAACCCUUGUGUGUGUCUGAGUGUGGGUGUGUGUGUGUGUGUGUGUGCGUGCGUGCGUGCGUUGAGAAGAAACUCUUAUGUGAUUGUCUAUAUUUUAUAUUACUGUACAUAAACUCUACAGCAUGUGUAGACCUCAUAUAUUUCAGUUUAUUUGACAAAUGUUUUUAUGACUUGUAUGGAGAGACAAAAAAAGAAAACUUUGCAUAUUUGUAAUAUACAUUAGUAUAUAAUUCAAAGCAAUGUAUUAUUGUAUGUGUGCAUUGACGUGUCCCUCCUGGCCAACCAGCGAUAUGGCAGCUAGUGAAUAAGGAACGGCCUGUGUUGGAGGUGUUUGAUUUUUGGAGUGUUUUAAUCUGUUUCGGAUCAGCGGUGUUUGUAGAAAAAAAGAGUAAAUGUGUUUGAAAGACGUCUGGCCACAACACAGAAGUCAAUCGGAUCUUUUCUUGUCAAUCUGUGAAUGUUUCUGUUUCAAUAUUUAUAUAUAAAUAUACUAUCUUUUAAAUGUAAACUCCUCCAACACCAAAUCUUUUUAUAUAUAGAUUACAAACUUAUCAAAUGAAAGCACAAUGCUCCGCCCCAACCCUUUAAGCCUUUAUGUUUUCUUAAUUUGAUUUUAUCUGCUUUUAUUUCGGUUCAAUGUUUCUGAUUAAUUUUGUCAUUGAUUUUGUUUGCACUUGAAUAGAAAAUGACUAGGAAUCAGCUUUCAGGAAUAUAUGAAAAUCACUCCAUCCAGAAACUAACUCUGAGCUAAAUGAAAAUAACAAAAAAAAUAAAGAAGUGAUUUUUAGUUUGGUCUAAAAACAUCACAACAUUAUAUUGUUAAGUCUCAACCUUCUGUGUUGACCUAAAAAAAAAUUUGGCCAUUUAAAUUGAUUCGUUUAUUAAAAAAAAAAAAAAUCUCCGUUUUGAUAAACAGACACUGUGGUUUGAUUUGAAAUUAUCUGACAAUGGUACAUAAGUCCUGUGAUAACGUAGAUAUAAAAUAACAAUUCAGCCAAGUUACUUUUUUUUAUCUAUAACUUAUCAAAGUUAUAUCAUCUUUGUUUACUGUAAAUGUUUCUCAAAUUAGUUUCAAGGCAUUUAAAAGGGUUCUGGACAUGUGAAAGCACUAGCAGUAACUUUAAUCAUCAGAUUAGCAUGUAACAUAGCUUUUACAUUUUGUUCCCGUUUUGCUGUACAGUGUGGUGAAAUGGAUCAAUGUAAAGACAAGACAUAUUCAUUAUGUUUACUGUCCUUUUUGGAUCUAUGGGAAUGAGGUGAACUUUAUAUAUACACACACACGAGUUUUGAUAAUUCAUACAGUGUCAAAAUCAGUAUCAUAAUAUGUAUACGUUGUGUUCAGGACUUAUUUUCACUGAACGAUAUUUGAGUUACUUUAAAAAGUGUACUCUUGAAGGGAAAAUAAAAAUAAUUGCCACCCCCCUUUGUGAUUCACACAUCCAGUGCUGGUGCUAAAUAAGACCUUGUGGCAUGAUUAUGUGUUAUUUUUACUUACAGACUGACAUUGUGUGGAACUCAGUGCCAGAAUUGUUUAUACCUAUUUGCCAUAUAAAUAUAAAAUGCAUCAUUUCCAUUGUGAUCAAUGUAAUGAUUGUUACUUUCGCAACGUCUGAACAUAAAUCUCAUUUGUUGUACAGUGUCCGCUAAAGACAAGGUUACAAAAUGUCACUUUUCAUGUAGUUUGUUUUAACACAGACACAUUAUAACAUCGUACCUGCCCAAAAUUUCGAAGUGCUGUUACUCUGAUAUACAUCACUCUUUUGUAAACUACAUCUUAAUAAACUGCUUAAAAAGUA